AGAACCAUAGUAACGCGUAACUACGAGAAGCUACAAGGAAAUAGGGACACUUUAGUGAAACUGCAGUCAACUGUGAUCCCUCAAAAUGGAGGUGGAUAAAAGACCCAAGGUUGCCUUCAUGACAACUCUAAAUAGGGAACUGUUUCCCACUAAAAUGCCACCGAAUCGUUUUGGUAAUGAGGUAGUCCCGCUUCGAGGUGCUCCCCACAGAGGACCAGGCUGCUAUGAAAAUGAGGAGAAAACAAACUUCUGGUAUGGUGUGAAGAACAAAAUUACCAGUGAAAAGGGCUACACACUCGGAGCUAGGACAUCAAACAGGAUACCUUCAGAUGCAAAGUUUCAGACACCUAGUCCCUUGGUCUACCAAACAACCUGCACAGAUCCCAGAACAUUCUCAACAUCGAGGAAACCAUUUGAAGUAGGGGCAGAGAGGUUUCCUGUGUACCGAAGGGACAUCAGUGAGGUUCUCCCUGGGCCUGGUACAUAUGAGCACCAGAGCCCCAAGAACAGAAUGGUUCAAUGGCACCAGUCAUUUGGCGGAACUCCAAUCAUGUUGCCCGAAGUCAAAGUCACAAGCACCAUACAGAAAAAUACAGAUAAGUUACUCAGCACGAAAGAAGAGAAGAAAUAUCAUCGAAAGCUGGCUUAUCUUAAACUCUAUUAUGAUUAAGUUGUAUAUUUUAACAUUGGCUUUUUUUGUAUUAUUUUGUUGUAAAUGAGGUCAUCAGACAUCAGUGAAGUUGAGAAAUGUCAGAAAUAACAAAAUCUUCCUCAGAUAUUUCAAUCAUAUUUCAAUUGAGCAAUGGUGUCUCAAAUGACUGAAAUGCAUCUGUCUUUGUGUGAUGUGUGUUCUUUAGAAAUGUUCAUUUGAAUACAGAUUUGUAGAUGGCAUGCACAACACAUCUGUUUUCUUAUGACAUGUCUACAAAUUUCAAAACAAUACCAGAUCAAACACAAAGUCAAUCCCACAAUUAUUUGAUUGGAAAUGUAAAUGACAUGAUGACAUGGUUUACACAAGAUGUAAACAUAUCCUAACAUCAUGGCAGCACUUUCAAUCUGUGUACAGCAAUAUGUAGAGGCCAGUGUUGCAGGAUAAAUAUCUGCAUGUGUACAUAUAUUGUAAAUAAAUGUGUAUGAUUGUCA